AGCAUGCACAACAACACUUGUUCAUUGUAGUCAUUUAUUUUGUGAAAUGUUCCAUACAGUCACGGUAAUUAUAUCUAUUAUAACAGUAGCAAAACUGUCCUGUAUCUUAAAAACAAAUUCUUAUUUUGCCUCUAUGACAAGGAAGAAGUUCAUAAUGCCUUAUAAUAAAAUGAAAAUGUGACAUCUGUGUGUCAAAAAAGACAUCUCUUCAAUAAUAUUUGGAAUUUAGAUAUAUCCAACACCAACAAAAAGAAAAAUUGAUAAAAAAAAUACUGUGAACUGUAAAAUAAAUGAAGGUGGAAAAUAUAAAAGAACGUAUAAUUUUUAUAUUAUUUUUUACAAUUGUACUAGACAGGGUUCUUCUUAAACAUGUCUCAAGGAGUUGAAGCUGACUCAUCAUUGCCGACGUGGAAUAUCCUCGGCGAUAGUUUUCCCAAACAAUAUGAUACAAUUGAGGAAACCGAUAAGAAAUCAAAACCGGAAAACAUAAGCAAAAUUAAAUUAAAACUACAGGAUAUACAAGAUGCUCACAAUAGAAUCAAGAAUGACGUGGUUUUUACUCCGAUCAUUGAAGCUAAACAUAUAGGAAGAACCUUUUGCAAUGUUUUCUUGAAAUGCGAAAAUUUACAGAACACAGGAAGCUUUAAAGCGCGAGGGGCUUGUAAUGUUCUAUACAGCAUGUCACCUUCCGACAAGAGCAAAGGUUGCACAGUAUCAGGGGGUCGCAACUACCUCUUCGCGAUGACGUACUACGGAUUUCGACAAUCAGUGCCCAUCAAUGUGAUCGUGCCAAAGGAUUGUCCCCUCGUUGACAAGCAUCGAUACAAGGAAAAUUUUGCGAUUGUGAAAGUGCACGGCAAUGACCAUAAUGAUGCCAGCCUACAUGCUCUCACUUAUUGUGACGAAAUCGGCUCCAAUUAUGUGCACGGGUCAGAUAGAUUGGACUUAAUUGCGGGUUACGGCACACUGGGACUAGAAUUGCUGACUCAGAUGGAUAAAAUGGAUGCCAUCCUGUGUCCUGUCGGUAGUGGCGGUCUCGUAGCGAGCCUCGUGCUGGCUGUCAAGAGUCUGAAGCCUAACUGCUUGAUAUACGGCGUGGAAUGUGCGGCUGCUCCUACCAUGACUAGAGCACUCCAAGAAAAGAAGCCAGUCAUGAUUCAGCAGAACCCGACUAUCGCCGACAGCCUCUGCAGUGUAAUCGCCAGCAAUAACGCUUUUAACAUUAUCAGGGGGUACCUCGAUAGAAUGAUCACAGUUGAUGAAGUGUGGAUUUCACGUGCGAUGAUCAAUAUUCUGGAGCGCGAAAAAAUGGUGGUGGAGGGAGCAGCCGCUUGUCCUGUCGCUGCGGUUAUGGCUGGGAAGGUGCCGGAGUUGCGCGGUAAAAAUGUUGUCUGCGUCCUGUCGGGGGGCAACAUCAACAGCAGUCGGAUGUCACGGGUGAUCGACCGCGGCAUGGCGGCCGAGGGUCGGCUAGUCAAGUUCAGCGUGGCACUGCCGGACGUGCCUGGCGCCAUGGCCAAGCUUCUGGCCAGAGUCACAGACACUGGCGCCGAUGUCAAGAGCUUUGUGCCGGAACGCGCUUGGAUGAGACGCGAUAUUUUUACUGUUUCCAAUAACAGGCCCCUGAAGGAUGAUCGUCCACACAUUUUAUCAUUUGCUGAAAUUAAGCAGGCAGCGGAAAGGAUCGAAGGAGGCAUAAUACAUACACCACUAUGUGAAGCAAAAAUCAGUAAAUACAUGGACUACAAUAUCUAUCUGAAAUGUGAAAAUUUACAGUACACUGGCAGUUGCGCUGAGCGUGGUGUUCGCAACGCGCUGUUGGCGUACGGCGCAGAGGGUACCGAGCGUGGCGUGAUGGUGCCCUCCAACGGCAACAUGGCGUUGGCGGCGGCUUACCACGGCGGCACCCUCGGCCUGCCGGUAACAGUGGUGAUGCCGGAGCGCACUCCGCCGGCGCUCGCACAGCGGUGUUCAGAGCUCGGCGCCAACGUGCUCCUGUGUGGAGAAACGCUUGACGAUGUCAUGGCCUACACCAAGAAAGUACACCGAGACAACCGCCAGAUAUUACUUAAUUCGGAUGAUCCGUUGGUAAUGGCGGGUCUAGGGACGUUGGGAGUGGAGAUCAUCACACAGUUGCCUGAAGCCGACGCCGUGAUCGUGCCGGUGGCCUCCGGAGGGUUGCUGGCGAGCGUGCUCGUCGCCUGCAAGAAACUCAAGUGCUCCUGUCUUGUUUAUGGAGCUGAGUGCUCAAAGGUGCCGAAAAUGAUGAAGGCGCUGCAAGCCGGACAACCAGUCACAGUGACCCCGGUACCCAAUCUUGCUGAUGGGCUCAACGCCUCCACGGUUGGGAUGAAUGCAUUUGCAACUCUUAAAGGCAGACUUGACAGGAUGUUGGUUGUAGACGAGUUAUACAUCGCUCGGGCGCUGAUAUCGAUGUUGGAACGCGAGCGCCUGGUAGCUGACGGCGCUGGUGUUUGCGCUAUCGCUGCAGUCAUGCAAGGACUAGUGCCUGAGCUGAGAGGAAAACGGGCGGUGUGCAUAGUAAGCGGUGGUAACAUUGACUCCGGGAGACUGUCGCGCACGAUACAACGCGGGCUGGGCUCCAGCGGGCGGCUCAUGAGGUUCGCAGUGCCGAUCCUCGACCACCGCGGCGGUCUCGAACAGCUCGCCAAGACCAUCUCCGAAGAGAGCGCCGUGCUCAAGAGCUUGGUUACAGAGCAGGUGUGGGUGCACAGCGAUGUCGGAACCACCUGGGCCAAUGUGGUGGUUGAGACAUCGAAUGAGGAGCACGCGUCUGGUUUAAAAGACCGCCUGCGAGAUCUGUAUCCUACUGCCAGGUUUGCAGUCAUUGACCUUGAUGACAAACACAAAGUUUUUGUGCGAUGAAAAAAAUUACAAUUGAGUGUGUAUAUUUUAAAUAUUGUUUGCUAGUUGCGUAAUUUUUUUGUAAUGAAGUAAAAAUCAAAAGGUAAAUAAAAUUAA